AUGGCUGGUCUGGAGACUACGGCCACCGUCCUUGGCAUCACAGACGGCACGGUUCGCCAGAUUGUGAGCUUCUACGACUUCGUCCGCGAACUACAGGGAGCACCUUCGGAGGUCGUAAAAGUACGCGAGGAGACAGAAGCAGUGGUCAAGUGCCUGGGGGGCCUCUCCUUUCUCAAGACUGCGAGCCAGUGUGUUCAAGACAAGGCGAGAGGCGUGGGACUAUCCGACUCGGUCGAUCAAUGUGGGAGGGCGUGUGAGAAGCUGGAACAGGAUCUGAGGAAAUGGACUGCAGGUGGGAUGGAGACGGUGAGCGCUCGGCUUCGAGUCGUGAGCCACAAAGCCAGGAUCGCGAAAUACAAGGCGGAUAUUGCGACGGCCAAGAGCACGAUCGACCUUGCUAUCAGUGUGGCCACCCUGUUCAUCCUGGUACAACGAGGGGCCUCCGACGACGAGAAGAAGAAGGCUACCAUCGCAGAGCUCAAACUACAGAUCGCGCAGACUAUCGCCGAGGCCAAACGCGAGCGUGCGCGCAGCAGCAGCGCGCCAUGGUGA